GUUUUCGGCUUCCGGGUUACUCUUGCUUUAGAUUACGUUGAGGAGCUUGCGUUUUUCGCGUUCUUUGUUGACUUGCGUUUCGUAUUUGGUUAGAUUGUAGUUAUUCCUUAGGAGUCCGUUAGAAGUUUUUUUCAAAUUGUUUGAAAAUGGGAAUCCUGCGUUGGUUUCUUCCGCUGCUCCAAGUUGCAAUUUUGUUCAUGGGUACUCACGGUGAUGACCAGCAGAGAGUAGCCGAUUCGAAAGAUGAAGAAAGUGGGAAAGCCGAGGGCAGACAUUCAAUAUCACACCAGCGCAUCGCAUCUGCUUGUGCGAAUGUAAUCUGCCUAAAUGGCGGUACGUGCUACGCUACCGGGAGCCUUCAGUCUAAUGUGGCAAGGUAUCAAUGUCGGUGCAUGCUUCCUUUCCAUGGGACUCAUUGUGAGCAUGGCCAGAGAUCCAUUGUUAUUCCAAACACGAAUCGAUGCUACCCGAGUCCGUGUUUGAAUGGAGGGUCUUGCUAUACUUCGGGAAAUGCAUACACCUGUCGUUGUGCUGGCUCAUGGAGCGGCACUCAUUGUGAAACUCGGUUGUAUGUGAAUCCUAUAGAUGCGCGCAACACUCCGUGUACACAGGGCUUCAACCCUUGUAAUAACAUGUGUGAAUGUGUAAAUUCUUGCCGACAUUCUUCUGGUUAUUAUUGCCGAAGCGCAAAUGGCUAUCUGGGAAAGAAUUGCACCAUUCCUCCUCCAAACAUUCAAUGCUUGGCCAACCAAAUCAUCGUUACCGUGGACGAUGCCUUCGUCCGUGAGUACGACUUAGGAAUCGGGAACAGCAGGUUGUAUCUUGGUCGAAAUGGGGGCGGAGUUGUCGGUCAAGAUUGCUACGCAGUAACCAGCAGCGGCAUAUCUCACACCUUCACUAUACCUCUGCCUUUUGGAAAAUGCGGCACAUCUGUACAGGCAAUCGGAGGCAAAACUGUCGCCAACAACGUAAUCUGGUUAAACCGCUUCACCAAUGCGGCAUAUGACAUGCCUGUUCCGGUUAUUAAUUUCGAGUGCACGUACACUAAAGAAUAUAUUAUCGUGACAUCACUCCAGCCCGCAAUCGACCAACCACCCACUCUGCGGGGAACCGGAUUCACUCGUGUUCGAGGAACCAUAGAGCUUUGCAAAGUGUCUUCAUCUUGUCCUAACACGUGUCCGACAAAUUUUGCAGUAAGGGAAGCUGCAGUUUACACAGUGGGAGAAAUGAUUCAUCUGAAUAUCAGGGGCGAUCAAAGCAUACAGGGAAUCGUUGCAUUGAAAACUCUUUACCUCUCUUGUGACGCAAAUCCAAGCAAUGCACUAGUAAGGCUUGUAACAAAUGGCUGCCCAGGAGGUUCACAGAAUUACAUGCCAACUCGAGUGACUUACAGUGGACGAUCUUCUUCAGUCUGUGCCUCGUUUCAAGUACCGAGAUUGCAAGGUUGUCCGGUCUUCUAUAUACACGCUGAAUUGGAAACCUGCAUUCCUUCAGUGGGAUGUACUUACAAUCCGAGUACCUGCGGUCAGCAGAUUAUGCCCGGGCGUCGACGAAGAGAUUUGAAUGACACUGAACAUAAAGAUACGAAUGUUUUUGGCCCGAUUUACGUCAUUACCGGAGAGCGUGGCAUUCCUUACGAAACCUUGUUUCCUAACACCACUAUCGUAUCGUCUCCUGCUCAGAUUUUGGAACCGAAGCCAGCUUCUGAAAUUAUUAAAGAUUCGAAGUCUUUCAUGCUCAUCGUUGGCUUAUCUUUGCUCUGCUUCCUUGUGGUCUUGAGCAUCUCCGCCUUGGUUAUCUACCGUUCUCGAUACUCAAAAUGAUCUUUUAUUUGUUUUAAUUGUAAUUUCGAAUUUUGUGUUUCAAAGUUAUAAUAAAAACAUCGUCGUUUUUGCA